UCUAGUUAUCUCUUUCUUUUGUGCUUUCAUUCCAACCCCAGUAUAAUUUCUACCACCAAAAAUGGCCGAGGGACUUGUCUCCGCGCUUCUGGAACAACUGGUUUCAGUAGUGUUCGAGCACACAAAAGAAGCUGUGACACUGGUUCUGAAUGCAAAGAAAGAUGUCAAGAAAUUCAGUAGACAUCUCACAACAAUUCAAGCUGCGCUAGAGGAUGCCGAGCAGCAGCAGGUUAUGAAGGCUAGCGUGAGAGACUGGUUGGAUCGGCUCAAAGAUGUGUCGUACGAGAUGGACAAUUUGCUGGAUGAGUGGAACACUGAAAUUCUGAAACAACAAGUGGAGAAGCAACUUAAGGAAGGUGAAAUGAAUGCUGUUGUUACUAAGAAGAAGGUACGCUUCUCAGUUGUCUCCAACUUGUGCUGUUUUGGCCAAGUCAACAAGGCAAUUUAUUAUCAUAAAAUUGCAUCUGGGAUAAAAGAUCUCAAUCAAGAUUUAGCUUUGAUUGUUUCUGAAACAGAAGAGUUUGGCUUUCUUCAAUCCUCUGUUUCAACUCAGGAAAAUCUAAAUCAACCGCUGCAAACUUCAUCAUUUAUCGAUAGAUCUACGAUAAUUGGUAGAAAAGAAGUAACCAGUAAUCUUUUGAGCAAGUUGUUGGGGGAGAGUGGUCAAGAAGAGAAGGAGCUCCGUCUAAUCCCUAUUGUAGGGAUGGGAGGGAUAGGGAAAACAACUCUCGCCCAAUUAGCUUAUAAUAAUGAAAAUGUUGAAAAACAUUUUGGUAAGAGAAUAUGGGUUUGUGUCUCAGACCCUUUUGAGGAGUUGAAGAUUGCCAAGGCCAUUAUUACUGGCAGUGGCAGUAAUAAAACCCCAAACUCAGACGAAAUGCAAGACGUCUUGCAAUGUAUGUCUGAUUCUCUUAAGGGAAAUAAGGUCCUCAUUGUCCUGGAUGAUGUGUGGACAGAAGACCGAGGAAAGUGGGCAAAUCUAAAAUUACCAGUAAUAAUGCAGAGUUGUGCAAAAGGUAGUAGAUUAUUGGUGACGACGCGGAGUGAGGGAGUUGCUAGGAUGAUGAGAGCAACCACUCACAUGAUCCAAGUAAAGAAACUGAGUCAUGAAAAGUGUUUGGCGUUGUUCAACAACAUUGCAUAUUUGGGAAGGGAAGAAUAUGAGGCUGAUAGAUUUCGAGCUAUAGGUGAGAAAAUUGUGAGGAAGUGUGAUGGCUUGCCGCUUGCUGCAGUAUGUUUAGGUGCCCUCAUGCAGUAUAAAAAGACUAUGGGAGAAUGGCUAGAGGUUUUGGAUAGUAAGAUAUGGGAUGAAGUAGUUGUUGAUCAAGUUUUUCGUCCACUUUUACUGAGCUAUUAUGGUUUGGGUCCAGUAGUCAAGCGUUGCCUUUUAUACGGUGCCAUAUUUCCAAAAGAUUAUCGGUUUAACAAACACACUCUGAUUGAGUUGUGGAUGUCACAAGAUUAUCUUAGUGGAAAAGAUUAUAAAGAAAAGGAAAAAAGAGGUCAACAUGUUUUUGAUACCUUAGUAAUGCGAUCAUUUUUUCAGGAUGUUGAGGUAGGCGAACGGUCUAGAUAUGAUGAGCAGAUUACUACAUUCUGUAAAAUGCAUGAUAUUGUACAUGACCUUGUUCAAUUCCUCAAUAAAAAUGAAUGCUUUACAAUAGAGCCUGUAAAAACAAAUGCAAUAAUAACGAAACUAACUGAGGAGGUCCGUCAUUUGACGUUAUUGUUUGCACCCUUUGAUUCUCCACUUUCGGAUUUGAUUUCAGCUGUGAAUUGCAAGAAGUUACGUACUCUUGCCACUUUUGAUUCAAGUAUUAGUUGCAUAGAAUCAAAGGACAUUUCACAGUUGAAAUGUGUGAGGACGUUAAUUUUGAGCUCUAACGACAUUAAAGAGCUCCCAGAGGAGAUGGGUGAGCUAGUACAUCUGAGGUACGUUGAUUUGUCUGAAAAUAAGAGUUUGGAGAAACUACCAAACAGUCUAUGCAACUUGUACAAUUUGCGAACCUUGCGCCUUGUUAGGUGCAAGGAGCUUAAGAAACUGCCAGAAAAUAUGGGAAGCUUAAUUAGUUUAACACAUCUUCAUCUUGAGGGUUCUGGGGUGAAGUACUUGCCAAUAGGUAUCGGGAGAUUAACAAGUCUGCAAACACUAGACGUGUGUUCUGUUUAUGCUAGUGACAUUGUUGAAGUUUUUGGAAGAUUGGACAGGCUUCAAGGUAGUCUCACCAUAAACAUUUUGGGAGAUCGGGAGAAUUCAAGUGAUGCGGAGGAGGAGAAGGAGUACAUGUGCAAUAAAGAAAAGCUUCUUCAUUUGACCUUAAACUUUCAGGAUGUGGACGAGGAGGACGACAGUGGCCAGAGAAGGAGAUCAAGCAAUGCAGAAACAGUACUGAGGGGGUUGCGACCACAUGAAAAUCUGGCAACUCUGAGCAUUAGUGGGUGGAAAGGCAUCACCUGGCCCAGUUGGUUUAAGCGGCUAGAGAAUUUGAGAUUCCUCAGUCUGACGAGUUGUGGUGAGUGUGAACAUUUGCCUGCUCUUGGGAAAUUGCCGAUCCUUGAAGAAAUAACAAUAGAGGGGAUGCUGAAAGUGAAGACGGUUGGAGAUGAAUUUUUGGGAAUAGCAGAGACCUCUAGUCAGCAAUCUUCAUCAACACCAUCCUCAUCCUCGUGUAUUCUUUUCCCAAAACUGGAGAAACUCCACUUUGGAAACAUGGACAAGUUGGAGCAUUGGGAAGGAGUUGGAGGGUUGGAAGAAAACAGUUCUGAAAUUACAAUGAUGCCGCGCCUUUCAUCACUUCAAAUUCACUACUGCAUGGAGCUCAGGAACUUGCCAGCCUUCUUGCGGAAUAGAUCAGCGCUAGCUAUUGACCUUAUAAACUGUGACACAUUGAGGUCGGAUGAUCUCCCUGCGUAUUGUGAAAUCGUCCGGUUAGGUGAUGAGUAUUAUGAUGAGGAUGACAAGGAAACUUACUUUUUUCAAACAACAUACAGCCGAUUGAGGGGAAAUACCAGCACCAGAAUUCUCGGUCACAUUUGGUAGCUGGAGCUUAUUGUUUCAUGGAAAAGAUGAAAGUCUCGAUGCGACCCAUAGUUUCAUAUUCGUCUACUGUUAAGUUUCCACAACCCCCCUGAGAAACUUGCCUCGGCAUUGACAAAGUUCAAAACACUUUGCUUAACUGGAUAAGCA